GAACGUAUGUCAAAAAAAAAAAACCCUGAUUUUGCCAUUACCAUCUCUCCAUCAGAACUCCUCUUCUUGGAUUCUCAUCUUCUCUGUUUAUAUUGUAUUUUGGUCUUUUUCAACUGAAUUAUCAAAAUAUUGGGGUAGUUAAUUUCUAGGGUUGAAGCUGCUAAAUGGUUUGAAGAAGUGGUUGUUUGAGAAAUCUAAGAAGACAUAUUUGAGACAUCAUUAGCUGAAGAAAUUGUAUGUUCUUUCUUUGAUUAUUUUUGGAUUUCUUCAAUUAUCUUCAAUCCGUGAGGUGUGGGUAAAUAUCUUCAGUUAAUAUCUUAUUUUUUUCUUUAAUCCGUGAGGUGUGGGUAGUGUAUUUGAUAUAAGCUAAGUUCAGGAAACUCCUAUAUAGGCUAAAAAAUUGUUGAAUGCAACUAUUUUAGAACCCCUUUUGUGAUAUUCAGCAAACAAUUAAAUUGGGUCCUUUAUCGAAGUGGGUUUGAAAUAAUUUUAAGCUUUUUGGUUGGGUCUUUGCUUUGCUUGGUUCUACAAUAUCACUUUUCUUCCCUAUUGUGGUUGCCAAAAGGAAAAGCUGAGAUUUUCCUUUUUCCUUUUAUUUUCUCUGCAAUUUCACUCUUGUUGGGUGCAUUUUAUAGUGAUGAUUUUAUAUAGUAUCGUGAAAUUGUUUUUUCUGGACCUAAUGUUGGAUCUAAACUUGUUUCUUGUUGUAAUUUUGUGUAUAACUUUAAUCGACCAUAUCUUGAGUGACUAAAAAUUACCAUGGAAGUGGCUAUAAAGUAUAGAAAGUUUAUCUUUUUCUCAACAUGGUGUUUUUGAAUGCCUGAAAAGAUAUAGUUAAAAAGCCAGAUUAUUGCUGCUCUGAUUCGUAAAUGUAGUUACAGAGGAAAAUUUUGUUGGUUUCAGUUAGUAGAAUAAUGUAUUUUUGGAAGAAUAUUCAUGUGAUUAAAUUCAAAGGAGAAGGCAUUAAGUCAAAUAGUAAAUGAAGAAAUCUCUUUAGGUUCAUAUAGCGUAUUUUAUUGCUAUUCUAGAUCCUAAAAUUUGAAAUAAGCCAUCUGCCAGAUGUAAAUAAGCCUAUAUAUUGUCAUAUAAUUGCUUGACCUAUUGGUUUCUUGUUGAUGAUGUGAAAAGAAUUCAAUGGUCUUGGCUAACAGGAAAAAGAAAGUUUUUUUCUUUAAAGGUUUUGAUUGUUCUCCCAGAAUCCUAAGUGUUCUUCUACGACACUUUGUCACUUCGUAGACGAUUGGUUCGACAUCGCAGAGCCCAGUUUUUUCUUUAAGGGUUUUGAUUGCUCUCCUAGAAUCCCAAGUGUUCUUCUACAACACUUUGGUCACUUCGUAGAUGACUGGUUCGACAUCGCAGAGCCCGUGAAUCGCUAGUGUGAGAGACUUGAGUAAUCAUGAAUCAAGACGGGAGUUCAAGAAAAAGCAAGAGAGUUAAGAACUCAAACUUCAUUCCACCUGGAUCAGUUGCAUCUUUGCUAAGCCAAAGGGUUUUGAAUCAUAGGCACAAGCCAAACUCAAAAUACAUUUCAGAUGUUCAUGUUACAAAGUCAAAUGAAAAGCAUUACAAGCACAAGCAGAACUCAAACUACAUUCCAGCUGGAUCUGAAGUGGAACAAGUGCAGCAAGUGUGUCCCGAUUCUAUCUAUCCGCAAAGACAAACAACGGACAUGAGCAAGUCUUGUUGGAUUCCACCAUCGUCGAAUCGGGAGAAGCACAAGAACAAGUGCAACAAACCUCACAACUUUCCAAAGUAUUCCCCGCAUUACAAGCAGUUAAUGAACAAAUCCAACAAGAUCCACAUGAUUCUACUAAUCUUGAAGCAAAUGACCAAUCUGGGGAAGGAGGCCCUUCCACUCAGAAAAGAAAAAGAGGUGGAACACAAAUGCAAAGUGUACAUGGACGGAGUGAGCGCAAACUGAUCGUGCUAAAUGAGUUGCACCAACCCAUUGGUCCUACUGAAGCAAUUGUUAAAGAGUUGGGUAGCUUCCUCGGCACAUUGGCAAGGAAUGGGACUUUUUGUCCUCUUAAUGUGCUUAAAUGGAAGAAAUUGAAGACACAUGAUGAUAUGUGGAACUAUACCUUGGAUAAAUAUGACAUUCCUAAAGUAGCGAAAGAAUGGACUUUGCGAACAAUUCAACUUGCUUGGAGAAAGUAUAAGAAUGGGUUGAAGAAGAAACACUACUAUCGCUACGCCAAUGACGAACUUCGAAUGGCAAAAAGGCCUAAAGAAGUUUCAGAAUCUCAAUUUAAGGCUCUCCUCGAAUAUUGGAACUCCGAUGCGGCUCAAGACAUGUCCAAAAAAAAUACAGAGAAUCGAAAAAAGUUGAGGUAUCCACACACUGUUGGCAAAACAAGUUUUGCUAUAAUCCGUGAGAAAAAAAAGAAGGAAAAUCUCGAAGCUUUGUCAAGUAAGAGUUUUUUGUGGCUACUAGAAGAAGGAAACCGUGCCCAGUAUACAAGGACUCAUAUGAAGAUACGACUAGCAAAAUAGCUGAAAUGGAGAGAAUAGAAACUCAAGAAAGUGAAGAUGACAGUCAAUCAAUUGACGCUUAUGUAUCAGUAAUGGGACCUGAUCAUCCAGGUCGAGUAAGAUUGUAUGGACGUGGGGUUACCAAGACUCUCUUGAAAUAGAAAGCAGCGGAUUCUGGACCCUCUUCAAAUGUUAUUGAUGAUAUGGAGAAAAAAAUGGAGGAGAUAGAAGAGAGGAUGCAACAAAGAAUGCAGGAAAAAUUCAACGCUCAAAAGGAUACCAUGGAAAAAGAUAUUACAAUGAAAGUCAUUGCAAAAAUUCAGCAGCUAAAUCCAGAAUUCCAACUUGAUCCUAAUAUGUUAAGGUUCAGUGUUCGUUCGCCAGGAGAAGCUUCUUCUGCACCUGGUAACAAUCAAGGUGUCGAAAAUGAAGAAAGGGACGGAGACAGUGAAGACAUUGAUCUUACUUGAGAAGAUCUUUUAUGAAGAUUUCUACAUGUUCUAAAAAUCUUUUUGCUAUCGAACAUUUUGAAACUUAUCCUAAAUCUUGAAAUGUAAAACUUAAUUAUGCAUUUUGGGUUGAACAUUUUGCUUUUACGGGUAUAUAUGUUGGAUUAGGAAUGUUGGAUAUUUUGGAUUAUGAAAAAUUGUGUUUUCUGGUU